AUGGGGAUGAUGGUGGAGCCAUCAAAUGCAAACUACCAACAAUGUUUUCUGAAAUGCAUAAAAUUAUGUGGUUACAGUCUUCUCUGCACCGUCAGCUGUGGAGGUAAUUGUUUUUUUACGGAUCCUCCUAGUACGAUUGUUGCUGCUGGUGUCAACGUCAAUAGCAAUAACCUUAAGUUCUGCAAUCUAGGAUGCCUCGCUACUUCUCUCACCACUCAUAAUCUAUCAGGUAAUCAUCGAUCUUAA